AUGACACCCCCUCCCUACGAACCCUACCCUUACUCCCCCCUCAACCCCCUAACCCACGAAAUCCGUCUCCUCACGCUCUCCUACCCCCCAUCAACCAACCCAACCAACCCAACCAACCCAACCGACAGGUCCGACACUCUAACCCUCACCCUCACCACCACCCCCCUCACCCCCCCAUCCCCCAAUACCCCACCCCCCUCCUUCUCCGCCCUCUCCUACGUCUGGGGCGCCCCCUCCCCACCCACCACCUCCCCCCCAACCCUAACCAUCAACACCCACCCCGUCCCCGUGACCCCCAACCUCCACAGCGCCAUCACCCGCCUCGCUCGACAGAAAUGGACCGGCAACCUGUGGGUCGACGCGCUGUGUAUCAACCAGAUGGAUACGAAGGAGAAGAACUGGCAGGUGCCGAUGAUGAGUCGGAUUUAUACGGCUGCUGAGGAGGUGGUGGUUUGGUUGGGGCCGGAGGAUGAUAAGGGGGGGUUACAUGCGGUGAGGGAGUUGGGGGUGUUGUUUCGGGAGCAGGUUAGGGAGUAUAAAGGGGAUGGUGAUGGGGCUGGGGGAGGUGGGUUGGGGGAUACGAGAAGGUUGGUGGGGUUUGUGGACACUGUUAGGGGGUUUGCGUUGACGGGGGGUGAUGUUGGUGAGGGUGGUAGUGGUGAAGGGAAACCGAGGGUUGGGUUUGAUUUUGAGGCGAUCUGGAGGUUCUUCCGGGACCGGGCGUGGUGGAAGCGGGUGUGGAUUAUCCAGGAGGUCGUGCUGGCGCGGAAAGCGGUGAUGUUGUGUGGGGAAGACCCCGAGGGACGGGUGAGCUCCGUGGCGUGGGAGGAUGUGAGCGAGUGUAUUCGCCUUCCUGAAGGCGCUAUCCAGUCCACCGAUCCCCGAGACAGGAUCUACGGCCUUUUGGGGAUGAUACGGGCGCAAGACCGCAGCCGGAUUCCCGUCGAUUACUCCCCAGACAUGACUAUUGGAAAAGUCCUCUUUUCUGUCGCACAGGUUCUACUACACGAUCACGGACCGGACAUUCUGAGCUUCUGCCGCAAAACGUCUGGAGGGCUAGCUGCUAAAUCGCAGAAAGAUCUCCCUUCUUGGGUUCCGGACUGGACCGCGCCGCACUCCAUUCCGUUGAUCGGCGGGGUAUUCUUCGGCGAUGAUGCUGAGGCCAGGGCGCGCGGCAGUGCAUGUGGAAGUGCUAGUUGGCAAGAUUGGCCAUCCAGGAGCCGAAUUACCACUGCUGCGUAUGAUGAUCCGGUCAUCUCACUCCCGGGUAUCAUCAUUAGUAAAGUAAGAAGUGUUGGGCAAGAAUUCACCGAAGCGCCCGACUCGCCGAAAUAUCUCGAAGCUUGCCGAGCCUGGUUGAAUGAACUCGGUGAAAUGGCGAAAGGGGUGUCUGGGGAAGAAUUAUGGCGUGUACCCAUGGCCGAUAUGGGGUUGGUCAAACGGGCGGAUGCCGAAGGGACCAGUAAGUUUAAACACGGCUUUGAUGUUCUGACAGGCAAGGUAAUGCCCCCAACUGAAGUGACCGGUGAUGUUGAAAAGCAGGCGUGGAUGAUGAAGGAGUCAUGGGAUUACCGACGUGUUUGGAAACUCUACGGCCGUCGGGUGUUUGUUGAUGACAUCGGCCGUCCUGGAUUGGGGCCGGUUGAGGUAAAGGAGGGUGACAACAUUGCGGUCUUUGCUGGGGGGCACGUUCCAUUUCUUCUGAGUUCCGUACCUGAGGAGGGUACGGAACUGAGACACCAUCUCGUGGGUCCGACUUAUAUUUUCGGGUUGAUGGAUGGAGAAGCAACCGUGAAUGACCCUCCUUUCGGGGACAUACAGCUUCAAUAG